GAGGAGAGAGCGAGCGAGAGAGAGAGAGAGAGAGACGGUCGCUCCUCGUCCACCAUCUGUCAUGGAUCGAAGAUAGUGUGUGGGCGAUCUCAAUCCGAGACCUCUUCUCCCUCCCCUCUUUAUCUCCCCCUUUCCCUCCUCCUCGCUCUCCCUCUCUCUCUUUUUCUCUUUGUCUUUCUACCUGCAUCGCGUCCUCCUCCUCUUCCUCCUCCUCCCGUGUGAGAGCAACGAGGACAGAAGGAGAGCAGGUGUGUGCGCUGCGCUGGGAGUUCCCUCGGGCGGCGACGACACUGCCUUGGCCGGCCCCGACAUGGAGAAGGAGGAGCAGAAGGAGAGGAAGCCGGGGGAGGAGGGUGGCGAGCCCAGCGAGGCCAGCAGCGAGGUGGAGGGAAAGAUAAGCCGGAAGCCCAGCUGCGCCUCCCUCGCCUCCAACGACGAGGACUACGUAGGCGGCGACGAGGAGGACGAUGACGAGAAGCGAGCGGUGCUCCUCGGCCCGCAGAUUGCUCUCAAGGAACAGAUUGAGAUGGACAAGGAUGAUGAGAGCUUGAGGAAGUGGAAGGAGCAGCUCCUUGGAAGUAUUGAUCUCAAUGAAGUUGGAGAGACUCUCGACCCGGACGUAAGGAUUCAAGACCUCACGAUCCUGACUUCCGAGCGCUCCGAUCUGGUUCUACCGAUUCCAUUCGUCCCCGACGCGAAGGGCUUCGCGUUCGCGCUCAAAGACGGAAGCCGCUACCGCCUCAAGUUCUCCUUCACCGUCUCCAACAACAUCGUCUCCGGACUCCGCUACACCAACACGGUCUGGAAGACCGGGAUGAAAGUUGACAGCACGAAGGUGAUGCUGGGAACAUUUAGCCCUCAGAAGGAACCUUACACGUACGAGCUGGAGGAAGAGACCACCCCCGGUGGUUACUUCGCGAGGGGAUCCUACUCUGCAAGAACAAAGUUCGUGGAUGAUGACGGGAAGUGCUACCUCGACAUGAGCUACUACUUCGAGAUCCGGAAAGACUGGCCGACGCCCGCUUGAGCAUCGUCCGAAGGUUUUGUGCCAUUGAAUCCGUCUCCGGAGGAACUGAAGCUUGUCAUUGCAUGCUUGCAGAGGAUUAAUCGUUUUGAUUUGAACUCCGGAGAUGGAUGUCUUGAGGUGCUGUCGUUCCGGGCGAAGGUGUUCGACAUGAGUCAAGCUUUGUUAUGUGUAUGGGGGAAAGUUGCAAGCCUUUGAUGUUUGCUUUGCCUUCUCUGACAUGGUGUUAAUCUUGUGUUGCUUCUUCCUCUGUGGCCCUCCUAAAUGGGAUGCUAAUAACAAUGUUUACUUCUGUUUUGCAAGGAUUGUUAAGAGUUUCUUUUCA